GCCCACUUCUUGAAACUGAUAGUUCGUGGCAAAUUCCAGGCCUUGGGAAAAUGGAUGGCAAAAGCAGUGGCAGCAAUUCGAGGAGAUAAGGCCAUGGCCAUCGAAGGCCAUUGCUACCCCACACCCGGAGAGCAGCAUCGUCAGCUGCUCUUCACCGCCCCUGCAGUGACACAGCCACGGUGCGCGCACGCCCAAUGGCACCCGGCAGCAUCAAAGCAUCCUCGCCGAACCUCCCAACCCUGCGAAAGCUCGCGGAUCCGAGAAACCCACGCGCUUGUUCCGCCGCGCUUCCGAUAUUCCAACGGCCGCCGUCGAUCAGGCACGGGGCCGUGGCCGUAGCAUGCGCCCGCGGAGGCGAGCAGCAAUCCUCCCCCGCCGUCGCGGCGGCGCAGGCGCGGCCCGGCACCGACACGCUCGAGUUCCGGACGCGGGAGGGAUGCCGGCUCGGCAUCGCCAGGUACCCGGACUUCGCGUACGACGCGCAGGGCGGCCGCGGCGCGGGCGCCGGGAGCGGGGAGGGCGGCACGUUGCUCGUCGACUUCGACGUGGCGAGCCUGUACAUCCCGCCCAUGUCCGGCGCGACGACCAGGUUCCUCGGGCUGCCGCUGCCGCCGUUCCUCAAGAUCGACAUCUUGCCUGAGGCCCUGGGCGGAACCAUCGACCGAGCCACUGGUCAGGUUGAUCUCAAGUUCAGGUCGAGGUUCUGUUUCUCAGUAGGGAGCAUCUACAAAGCGCCGCCUUUGUUCGUCGACACAACGCUGACCUCCGAGGAGUCCAGGGGAGCCAUAAGAUCCGGCACUGGAGAAAGAAUGGACGAUGAAGGGAGAUGCAAGCUGGUUGGGGUGGCCGUCGUUGACCCAAUCGAUGACCUCUUCAUGAACACAUUUCUCGGCCUGCCGACCGAGUGCAUUGCUUAUCUGAACGCCACGAUCUCCAUAGCCACACCUAGAUGAUCUUGUGUGUUGCUGGUCUACAUUGCAGAUACACGCAUGAGUCUAUUUCUUGUAAAGAUUAGCCAGGACCUCUGGCAAUCACAAUGAGAUCGGGAUGCACCUAGGUCGACCAUAUAGCACUCGAAUUCGGUUGGGAAAGCUGAGAAGGAUCACCAUAUCAACAGGCCAUUGACACAAUUCCCAGUGUAUAUAUGUGAUGGAAUGCGUGGAAAAUAACACAUAAUACAAGACAUCAUUAUUUUCGUAUGAAAAAACCCCUAAGAGGGCAUUCGUGACUAA